UUACGUUACAUGUAUGCUACUGGGUAUUUUCGCGUCAUACAUUCUUGUUUAUUCGUCAUGGAAAUAAAUAUAUCUAGCUUUCUGGAUCGACCUUCUUCGAAUGAGGUUCCUUCAAGUCAAGAAACAAACCCAAAUCACCUAGAAGUACAAGUUCACCAAUUGCCUUGCAGCAUUAACUAUAAGGGAAAAGCCAAUAUCGAAAAUUAUUUCCUGGUAAAUGAGUUAGAUAAAAAAAACCAAGAUAUGUAUGCUUUAAUAGAUAUGGAUAAGUCGAGUUCUGGACCAACCGAAACCCUUUACGAAGCAUUUUUCCGUGGCCGUCGUCUUAUAGGUAGACAUGUCAUGCUAGAAGAUGAAUAUGAAGGUUGCAUAUUUAAAGAAUCAUAUACGUCCAAUAAAUCAGGUCCAUUAACAACAAACAUGGAAAUUGAUGAAAAGCGAACUUGGGAAACUUUUCACAAGUUUCAUUCUUUCAUGGUAUGGGAGCAUAAUACUGUUCCUUCACCUUCAAACAACCGAUUGUUAAGUUCUUUGGAUUGGUUGGAAGUCGCUAAUGCU